CUUCAUUAUCACGGAAAAAAUAACAUCGAUUGUAUCUUGAUAACAGAAAGAGGACUCCGGUGGAAUUUUUUAAACAGGAUUUCGAUCACAGAAGCAAAAUGGGUUGUCGAAGUAUGAUCCCCGUUGCUUCAUUGAUAGCAGCUGUCCUGCAAUGUAUUGGUGUAGCAAUGUUCUGUAGUUCGGCGAUCCUUGGAUUUAACGAAUCCCUUCUUCUCUUCAGCAGUAACGAAACACUCGCCGGAAUCGCACAUGACAACUAUGUCUACAAUAUCGAGAUAGGUGUGUAUGCAUGGACAGCUUUCAUGAUGCUCUGGGCUGUUGGUUUUCUCUUUAGCGCCUUCAUGACCACGGCACAAACUAGCGCAAGGUUCGCCCAUGAGGGCGGUAAUCUCUGCUGCAGUUCAUUAGGAUGUGUUGGAGCUGCACUCUUUUUCAACUACAUUGUCCUGAUACUAUGGGUCGCUAUUUUGUGUGCCUCAUCUUUACUCUUCACUUUUUCACUGAUGAUUAGCGGUUAUCAGUUUAUCAACAAUGGUGACACAAGUCCGACUUUAGUUGAUUUUUCAUAUUAUGGUUUAAAGAUUGAUCAAGUAGUAGAAGUUGAAGAUCUUAAAGGAAUUAGCGAUGAGAUGAUCCUCUAUUUCUCCCUAACGGUUGGCGGCUCUGCCCUCGUUACUUUUGGUUUAAUCAACUCAAUCGCUUGUAUGUCAAGUAAUUGGAAGCAUCUGAAAGUUGGCGACCAGUGGAAAGGCUACGCACACAAGAGAAAACAAGAAGAAAGAGAACUUCAUGAGAUGACAUCAUACAAAUCAUCGGAACGGUUGGCAAAUAGUCUUUACUAUUAAUUAAUUUCGCUUGAUGGUGUUAAUGAUUUCAAUUUGGACAAUUCACGAUUCGACCUUGUCAUCACAAUAUCUUGGUCUAAAAAAAACAUGAAUGUCGUGAAUCUUUUAACACUAGUGACGAGUAGUGGUCUCGUGGUUCUGACUCUAGCCUUUCAACCAGAAGGUCGUGGGUGCGAAUCCUUGCCGUGACGUUUUUUUCCUUCAGCAACAAAUGUAUUCAGACUGUGCUGCACUCGACCCAGGUGAGGUGAAUGGGUACCCGACAGGAUUAAUUCAUUGAAUGCACGAGCGUUGAAAGGCAGCUCGAGCUAAAGCCGGGGUGAUAAUAAUAACAAUGCGUCUCGGAAAAGAUAUUCUCUAGAUAGAUAGCGCUAUAGAAAUGACUAUCAUUAUUAUUGUUAUUGUUGUUAUUAAUAUUAUUAUAAUCAUCAUCAUCAUAAAUAGUAAUAGCUUAUGAAUUUAACUAUGAAUAGAAAUCUACAUCUUGGGGUUCCUUUAAAGUAUAAACAGUAUGCUUUAUAAAUGUAUGAAAUCAAUCUAAUGAGCUUGGAUCUGGGGUUUUAAUUUCUUUUUAAAGCAAUCUGCCAAUGAUGACAAUCCUCUUUCUGCAAAAUUUGAAUGAAACAAUAAUUUAUUAGAUCUUUUUUUAAUACUUGGAGAAGGAGAAAACAAUAAAUGACAAGCAAAUAAUAAAAAAUGAGAUGUUAUAAGAAUGGUAAUACAGUCCUUAGUAUGUUUUUCACCUUAUUUUAAAGAUAUUUUAUUUUAUUCCACAAUGUCAAUUCACGAAAUAAAAAAGAUCGAGCUUUGCACUUGUGUACUUUUUAACUUUGUGUCAUUUUGAAAAUAA